AUGGGCUUAACGCUGCUCAGGUUUCUACUUGCUGCGUCAUUGGUCUAUGGGUCAAGCUCGUUUGAGUUGUUGGAUAAGAGGUCGUUGAUUGCUAAAAAGCCGGAGUCUGGAAUUGAAAUUAUGAGUGAUAAUAUCUCUGGUAUGGAUCAAAAUAAAAUGGAGAGCAAAAGAUUCGAACCGUUCUCGAAUGGAAAUCGAAGCAACAAGCGAUUUGACACUGGAUUCAUGCGCAACUACUGGAUUCAAUUGGACCAGAACAAGCGCAACACCAUCGAUCCGCAAGCGUUCCAAAUUGGUUUUGGGAAACGAUAA